AUGGCACUCAGGGAGAAGCCUCUACUCAGUCGUUCCCAGAUCGCAGAGCGUAUCUGCCAGGGCCAACAAUUCAUCAUCUGCCACGAUCGCGUCCUCAACACCUCUCCAUGGGCUCCGUAUCAUCCCGGCGGCGCACUCGCCCUUCUACAUUUUGUCGGCAGAGACGCCACCAACGAGAUCGAAGCGUACCACUCGGGCCCGACGCUGGAGAAGAUGAAGAAGUUCACUGUGGGGCGAGUUGAGCUUGGAAAAGGGGGGUGGUUGCCAUUGACACCGCCUAUUGCCCUGGGACUGGUAAAGCACCCAGACGGCGUCAAGGGCCACUGGGCUAAGGAGGGAGAUGUGACCCUUGGUCAGCAAAUAUUUCAGCAAGCCAUCUCGCUUGAUCCUACAAAAGCGCCCAUCCCAUCUUUACCGAAUCCAAAUCCAGCAAAGAGUGACACCGAAGUCAUUACGAUCGAGCCAUCGCAGCUGGAACCUCCUGGAUCUGAUGUCGAUAUGGCUCAGGAGCAACGGCGGUCGAACGACUAUAGAGAACUCAAGAGGAGAAUAGAAGCUGCAGGACUCUUCCAACGGCCUGGGCCGUUGGCUGGGUAUGGGACGGAUCUGUUGCGCUAUGCCUUUCUUGUCUUCGGGGCCUUUUACUUCUAUUUCAACACCACUGGUUGGGCCGGACAAAUGGCAUCUGCCACCUUCCUUGGUCUGUUCUACCACCAAAUGGCCUUCGUUGUCCACGAUGCGGGCCAUACCGAGAUUACUGGGGACUGGUGGUGGGAUAGAGCGAUUGGUAUGACUGUCGCGAGCUGGAUGGGAGGGCUCAGUGUGGGCUGGUGGUGCGACAACCACAAUAUCCAUCAUCUGGUCACGAACCAUCCUGAACACGACCCCGAUAUCCAACACAUCCCCUUCUUCGCCAUCUCCAAAAACUUUUUCAACAACCUGUGGUCUUCAUACUACAAGAGAGUCAUGUGGCUGGACGCCUUUUCCAAGAUCAUGAUACCUCUCCAGCAUAAAUUGUACUAUGUCGUCCUCUCGCUCGCCCGCUUCAACCUCUACGCCCUCUCCUACAUUUACCUCUUUGGCCCCAAGCCGCCCCAUGACGCCUUUUUCGUAUACGAAGUAGCCGGUGUCGCAUUCUAUUGGACAUACUAUCUGUCCAUGUUGCGAUACCUGCCGAAUUGGCAGAUGCGAUUUGCAUACUUGCUGGUCAGCCACGUGAUGGCGAGUCCGGUUCACGUCCAGAUCGUGCUCUCCCACUUUGCUUGUUCUACAGAAGACCUCGGCCCCGCCGAGUCCUUCCCAUCUCGCCAGUUGCGUACCACCAUGGACGUCAUCUGUUCGCCCAACAUUGAGUGGAUUCACGGUGGUCUCAACCUUCAAGUAACGCACCAUCUCUUCCCGAGGUUGCCGAGGCAUAACUUGAGAGAAGCGAGUUUCUUGGUGAAAGAGUAUUGCAAAGAGCAGGACAUACUGUAUAGAGAGCAUCUGUUCAUCGAGGGUAAUCAGCAUGUGCUCAGCACUCUUAAAGACGUCGCCAACCAGCUUGAGCUUCUCAAAAAGGUUGCCGACAAGGAGAUUGACGAGAGAAUGGGUAGAUAG